AUGACGACAGCUAUUGAAUCAUUACAACAAUUUAAAGAAACACAACUGCUCACUGCUCAACUACUCACACAAGACCUAUUUGAUAGUCAAGUAUCCUCUAUUGUCAAUGAAUUUACAACGGAAACAGAAAACAAUUUUUUACGCUUGCUUCGACUUAACCGCAAUAUAACAUUUGUCAACCAAAUUCUUACUGGUUUAUACAAGAACUUUAAAUUUUCAAUUUUAAGCAGCUCAUCAAUAUCUAUCGCUAAUCCAAUUUUGAUCAUCAAUAGUUUUAAAUUUUUAAAUUCUACAUGUUCAUGUGCAAGCGAUCCACAAUGUAAAAUGGUUUCGGCUGUAUAUCAGUAUAAGAAUGGUGUCCCGGUUCCGAUCUAUAUUGUCACUGGUUUUUAUAUAUCGUGUUUUACUAUUGAAUCUCUUCUAAUAUCAACACUUGAAUGUUUCUAUGAUAAUACAGACUGUUUGAGCAAUAUAGUCAACCUUUAUGAUAAUCCUGCACUCAAUAUUACUCGGCUCAAUUCGUCUCCGAAUGCUAGUCGAUUUUCAAUAAACAGUACAAUUGGUGAACUAUUUUCGGAACUAUUUAUUGAGUCUUGGAAUCCAUAUUCGAACUACUCUUCUUAUUUUGCUCAGUGCCAGCCAGUAUCUUGUACUUACAAGUCUUCACGGCGUAAUAGUCUAAUAGAAACUAUAACACGAAUUGUUGGUCUGAUCGGUGGACUGACGAUUUCUCUGCGCAUACUGGUCGUACUAUUUAUGUCAGCAUUUCGUCGUUUCAAACGACGACGACAUCAACAGGAAGGGAUGGAAACGAAUACGAGUUUAAAAUCUUAUAAAAUAAUGACAGCACAAUUACCGUAA